AUGCAGCCCCCCUCAGACUCCAUCAACCACCAAAGUCACAAGCUGGCAGAGUUCGUCGCCAGCCUCAGGUCCCAAAACAGUCUUGCUCCUCCUCAACCGCCACCAACAUAUGCGAUCGCAACAGCUCGUCCUUCACUCGAGGACACACUCGGAGACAUCGUCGAGGAUGACGACGAUGACGAAGAGAGCGCAGCCAUUGUCCCUAUCAUAAUCAAAAUCGAUACAUCGAUAAAUAUUGAGGGGCAGGGAAAUACUAUCGCCAUCCCCACAUCAAUGGGCGCAUCGACAUCGGAGGAGCCUCCUGCUUCCAUCCCCACUUCAAAACUGCAUUCUACAUCACUGCCUGCUGGUGGGAGUUCUCCUCUACAGCAACUCCAGCAACAGCGGCAGGUCAAAUCUGCACAGCUGGCGACAGCUAUUAUCUCCGCGCUAAAAACUUCUGGCAUCAUGGAUGAUAAAGAGACGGGCAGGCAGCGGCCUGUGGAAGUGAACGUAAGCUCUGGCAUACGUAUUAAAGGGGAUGGGAAUGUCGUGCGCGCGGGUGUUCCGAAGAGAUCAGCGUUGAGCCAUGUUGGAAAUUCCGAUUCUUCCUUCGAUGGGAAGGAGGAGUUGUCGAGGCGGUGGAGGAAAAGGAGGGCUAGCUCGCAGCCCAUCGAAAUCCUUUCAAAGAAGAGGCAAAUAUAA